UGGUAGAAAAAAACUCCGUUAUUGAAAUUCAUAUGUAAUGUCGGACAUGGUCAUGAGCUAAAACGCUUUCCUCAGAAUGUUCCUGAAGUCGCAGGACUGACUCGAGACGCCUGCGUGUUCGGCGCCAGCCUGCUUCCUUAUAUGGGAAAAGACACACGCCAUGAAAGAAACUGACAGCAGAGAGAGCGGUGGAGACGCAGACUGGGGGGAGGGGGAGGAGGGGCCCAUGAGGCGGAGCUUCUCAGUGGAGGACCUGCUGGACGAGGUGGAGCGAAUCGGGACAGUCCCAGCAGCCGACGCCAAGGUGGAGAUGGUGGUGAGGCUGUGGAAGGAUGGGUUCACUGUAAACGAGGAGGCGUUCCGGAGCUACUCCCAGGACGAGAACCAGCAGUUCCUGGAGGCCAUUAAGCGAGGGGAGCUCCCAGAGGAGCUGGAGCGCCGGUCGGAGGAGGGCGAGCUGGAGGUGGUCAUGCAGGACAUGAAGGAUGAGCCCUACGUCCCGCGCAAGAGAAGCUUCCACCCGUUCACCGGCCGGGGGUACCGCCUCGGCAGCGUUGCACCCCGGGUCGUGGCCCGCUCCCCCUCCCUUCACGAGGACACAGAGCCUCCCCUCCCAUUGGUGGAGCUCAACCACACCCAGCCAAUCACCAGCCUGCAGAUCUGGCUGGCGGACGGGCGAAGACUAGUGCAGAAGUUUAACCUCUCGCACAGGAUCAGUGAUGUGCAGGACUUUGUGCAGCAGUCCCAGCGGGUGGAGCUGUCUGUGCCGUUUGUGCUGACCACGUCUCUGCCUCUGCGGGAGCUGGGAGAGGGAGAGCUGAGCCUGGCCGAGGCAGACCUGUCCAACGCCGUCAUCGUCCAGCGACCCCUCAACCCCCAGCCGCCCUUCGGCCACUCCUGACCUGCCCUGAGCCAGGCGCCCCCCAAAUCCCCCGGAUACCCCGAGAUCCUGCACUAACCCCCCAAAUCCCCCGGAUACCCCGAGAUCCUGCACUAACCCCCCAAAUCCCCCGGAUACCCCGAGAUCCUGCACUAACCCCCCAAAUCCCCCGGAUACCCCGAGAUCCUGCACUAACCCCCCAAAUUCUGCAGCGCCUCAAAUCUUACUCAGAUGCCUCCACAUACCGCACUCCCAAUACUGCUCAUACACCCCAAAAUCCAGCACCUUAAAUACUCCUUGGCCUCCCGAAGCUCCAGCACUGCCCCCCCCGCGUGUGGAAACUCUGUGAGGACUCAACCGGGGGGAGGGUGUGUUUCUGCCCCCCCAUCAACUCCAGGGAGAGUGGGACUGAUGAGCAAUUAUGGUUUUAUGAUUAUGAUUUUAUGAUUUAAAAAGAUAAUAAACAUGAGUGCUGAAGAAUGGGGAAUAUAAUCUGAAACGCUGGGUUAAGCCCUGCCCAGGUUACAUGUAAAGCUGCAGAUGGCUUAAUUGUACAGUAAAGAAUAGGCCUGUACAGGAGAGUGUGACUAUGACUGUACAGGAUAGUGUGACUGUAUGACUGUACAGGAGAGUGUGACUAUGACUCUACAGGAUAGUGUGACACUAUAUGACUGUACAGGAGAGUGACUAUGACUCUACAGGAUAGUGUGACUAUAUGACUGUACAGGAGAGUGUGACUGUAUGACUCUACAGGAUAGUGUGACUAUAUGACUGUACAGGAUAGUGUGACUGUAUGACUACAGGAGAGUGACUAUGACUCUACAGGAUAGUGUGACUGUAUGACUGUACAGGAGAGUGUGACUAUAUGACUGUACAGGAGAGUGUGACUGUAUGACUGUACAGGAGAGUGACUGUAUGACUCUACAGGAGAGUGUGACUGUAUGACUCUACAGGAUAGUGUGACCCUAUAUGACUGUACAGGAGAGUGUGACUGUAUGACUUCAGGAUAGUGUGACUAUAUGACUACAGGAUAGUGUGACUGUAUGACUGUACAGGAGAGUGUGACUGUAUGACUACAGGAGAGUGACUGUAUGACUCUACAGGAGAGUGUGACUAUAUGACUGUACAGGAUAGUGUGACUAUAUGACUGUACAGGAGAGUGUGACUGUAUGACUCUACAGGAUAGUGUGACUAUGACUGUACAGGAGAGUGUGUGACUAUAUGACUGUACAGGAGACUGUGUAACUAUAUGACAGGCGGGCGACAUGGCUCAGGCAGUAAGAACAGUUGUCUGGCAGUUGGAGGGUUGCUGGUUCGAUCCCCUGCCCGGGCUGUGUCGAAGUGUCCCUGAGCAAGACACCUAACCCCUAAAUGCUCCUGACGAGCUGGUCGGCACCUUGCAUGGCAGCCAAUCGCCGUCGGUGUGUGAGUGUGUAUAUGAAUGGGUGAAUGCGAAGCAUCAAUUGUACAGCGCUUUGGAUAAAGGCGCUAUAUAAAUGCCAACCAUUUACCAUUUACCAUUAUGACUGUACAGGAGAGUAUGUGACUAUAUGACUGCAGGAUAGUGUGACUUGUCUCUUUAGAUGGAAAGCACAGGAAUGCGAUGUGUGUGUGUGAGUCACAGUAACUGUAAUGGGUGAACACUCCCUCAACAUUGAAGUCACACCGUCUAUAAAACAUAUCUGGGUGCGUCAAUAAAUUCUCUGUCCAGAGGGGUGGGGGGAGGAGACGAGACGCAUCCACCAUCUCAACACCAAACCACUCCUUUACCAAAACCCACACCAUCCCUCAGCCAUUCUGAUUCAUCCUCUAGUGCAGAUUCAUAUUACUGCAGCUGGGAUAUUAAUGCAUUUCCUCAGAAAGGUUCAUGGAUAUAAGAGUUGGUUGGUAGUGGCACAGUUCUCACUCCCUGAAUCCAGAGUUCAAGAGCAUCCUGAAGGUCUAAAAUGACCUAUAGAUAUCGUAUUAUUAUUAUUAUUAUUAUUAUACACGUGUGUGUAUGACCAUCUAAACGAUGAAGGUCUUAUUUCAGCAUGGCGCUCCGUGGUGUGUGGGUUGGUGGGGGAAGCAACACUAUUCAGAGUGAAUAUUAAUCAUGCAGGAGAAUAUUCAUGUGUGAAUAUGAAGGGAGACACGUUUAUGACUCACUGAGGAACGCGCUUCCAUUGCCGGGAGAGACGGACAGGGUGACUUAUGGUGGCCGAUACUCUGAUCAAUAAUCAAUACAUUCUCAGCCAGUCAAGCUCCAGCGGGACAGCCUAGCAUAUCAGCGGUGUGCUGGGGUCCUUACUCCUGGUCCUGGAGAGCCACAGGCUGUGCUGGGGUCCUCACUUCUAGUCCUGGAGAGCCGCAGGGUGUGUUGGGGUCCUCACUGCUGGUCCUGGAGAGCCGCAGGGUGUGCUGGGGUCCUCACUCCUGGUCCUGGAGAGCCACAGGGUGUGCUGGGCUCCUCACUCCUGGUCCUGGAGAGCCGCAGGGUGUGUUGGGGUCCUCACUGCUGGUCCUGGAGAGCCGCAGGGUGUGCUGGGGUCCUCACUCCUGGUCCUGGAGAGCCACAGGGUGUGCUGGGCUCCUCACUCCUGGUCCUGGAGAGCCGCAGGGUGUGCUGGGCUCCUCACUGCUGGUCCUGCAGUUCUCCAGGACCAGGAAUGAACAUUACUGCUAGAAUGAGUUGGCCGAGUACAUACAGUAAUUACAUUACAUUACUGUAUGUACAGUACUGUGCAAAAGUCUUAGGCACCGGUAUAACAUUCUGUACAGAUAAGAUUCUUCCCAAAAUAAUUCAAUGAAAGUUCCUAAAUAAACGUAUUGUACAUUUUACAUUACAUUUGAGUAAUUUGGCAGAAUAGUUCAAAACUGAAUCAAAUCAAUAUUUUUUGUGACCACCUUUUGGUGUUAAAACUGCAUCACUUCUCUGAGAUAGCCAACGCUGUCCUGCAGUUCUAUAAGACAAUCAGCAGGGAGGUUGUUCCAAGCAUGUUGGAGAACUUGCCACAGUUCUUCUGCAGACUUUGGUUGACUCCUUGCUUCUGAUCUCAGACAGCCUUGAUCAAGUUUUUAUCUAGAAAGUAGUCAAUUGCUUACAGUAAUAUGUUACUUUUUAAAAUGAAAUACAAAAAUGUCUCUGUAAAAUUAAAUCUUUUGGAAAAUGAA